ACACUUGACCUCACUGAGGUAAAGUAUUGACAGGUUUUCAGUCUCGGGUCCCAUGCGAUACCGGCAUGGACGGAAAAACAGCUGAUUCCUGCUGAUGCAACACUAGAGAAAUGUACAGUGAUAUAGCUGUAGGAAGCGGCAUGUUAGUUUAAUACCAGCACAGCACAGUAACCGGCCAUAGGAAACAGCACUGUAGGACUUUGUGGGAGAGCUGUGACAAUCCUGUUCGCAUUGGACAAAGUUGUUAUUCAAGAGCAUUUGACGGGGAAGAAGAAAACGAAGUAUUGCGGUUCUGGAGGAGAGUUGAUGAGGAUGUACUGACAGUUAUAAGCAUAUAUGGAUUUCUGUGUGGCAUAUAUACAGAUGUAAAUCGGUUGGAGGAUAGCUGUGAUAUAUACAAAUUUGUCAUAUGAUAUAUGGAUGAAACAGAAGCUAUUCAAAAGAUACAUGAUAUAUAAACUUGGAUUAUAUAAAAUACUUACCAGGAAGUAUGACAAUUGUGUUUGGAGGAAUAUAAACAAGGAACAAGCACUCUCGUCUGCUGUGAUUUUCAAUGAUUUUGGAUUGAUGUGAUUUUUUAUUUUCUACAAAACAAGUUGCAACGGUUUUGAUUUUGGAAAAAAACUAAUUCCUUUGUGAGUUAUGAUGUAUGGGAUUACAGCAGUUGUAGGUGUUGUUCAGGGUGUGACGGUGCGGUCAAGGUGUCGGUCAUCUCAAAUACCCACGCCACGACAACUGUGUUGUACAAGUAUUCUAGUAUGUACUCAGAGUAAUUUUGCUGCAUUAAUAUUACAGUCAAGUCAGGCAUUGUGACUUGUUCAUGCAAGGAAUCCGAGCAGAUAGCUCUUAUGCUGUUCAACUUGAGUAGGUGCUUGUUAAGAACAUGAAGAAAGGAUAGAUUUCAUUUUCAGAUCUCUAAAAAUUAUUUCUUGUGAAUAUUUCUCAUAAUUAUUUGUGAUAUUCGUAUGAAACAGUAUCCUGUGAAAAUAUGUGAACAUUUUUGUGGUAAGAAAAAGAUAUUGUAGAAGAUACGAAAUUUGCUAAGAUUUCAUUCAAGAUAAAGCUAGAAAGAUCUCAUCGUACAAUGGGAAGAUAAGAGAGUUGAAAAGAUCUCAUCUGCUCAUAGAAGAUUAGAAAGAACAAAUCUCUAAGAAGAUAAGAUCUCAUAGAAGAUAAGAAAGUUGAAAAGAUUUCAUCUGCUCAUAGAAGAUUAGAAAGAACAAAUCUCUUAGAAGAUAAGAUCUCAUAGAAGAUAAGAAAGUUGAUAAGAUCUCAUCUGUUCAUAGAUGAUUAGAAAGAACAAAUCUCUUAGAAGAUAAGAUCUCAUUGAAGAUAAGAAAGUUGAUAAGAUCUCAUCUGCUCAUAGACGAUUAGAAAGAACAAAUCUCUUAGAAGAUAAGAUCUCAUAGAAGGUAGGAAAGUUGACAAGACCUCACAGAAGAUAAGAAAGUUGCAGAGAUCUCACAGAAGGCUGCAACAGCUCCUAAGAGUCUAGAAGUAUCACGGUGGGAUAAUAAGGUCCUGUGGUUGAGAUAAUCCAAGCAGAAAGAUGUCAUCGGAUCAGCCCAACAUGUUUCUGGAUGGGAGUAAGGGUGUGGUGCUUGUUGGACGUACUCGGGAACAGUUUGAAAUCUACAAGCAGAUCCAGGAAAUAGGUGAAGGAAUUGCUGACCUGAAAGCCCAGAAACCACCAGGUUAUAAGAAACAGAUAGGAGAAGAAGUUGCCAAAUUAUUAGAAUUAAAAGCACAGCUUGGUGAUGAUGGCCCCAAAAAGUUUGUUCUCAAAACCGCCAAGGGCACCCGGGACUACAGCCCCCAGCAGAUGGCCAUCAGGGAAGGAGUCUUCAACAAAAUCAUCAAAACUUUCAAGCGCCACGGAGCCGAGACCAUAGACACACCAGUAUUUGAACUAAAGGAAACACUGACAGGGAAAUAUGGUGAAGACUCCAAACUUAUAUAUGACCUGGCAGACCAAGGGGGAGAACUCUUGUCUCUCCGCUAUGACCUCACUGUGCCUUUUGCACGCUAUUUAGCCAUGAACAAAAUUUCCAACAUCAAACGCUACCACAUUGCCAAAGUGUACCGCCGCGACAACCCGGCCAUGACAAGAGGGAGGUACCGGGAGUUCUACCAGUGUGAUUUUGAUAUUGCGGGCCAAUACGACGGUAUGAUACCAGAUGCUGAGUGUAUAAAAAUUGUAGUGGAAAUCCUGGAAUCACUAGAAUUGGGAGACUUUGUAGUCAAGGUAAAUCAUCGGAAGCUGCUAGACGGAAUGUUUGCGGCGUGCGGUGUCCCAGAUGACAAGUUCCGAACAAUCUGCUCAGCUGUAGAUAAACUAGAUAAGACCUUCUGGGAUGACGUGAGAGCGGAGAUGAUUGAUGAGAAGGGUCUGGAUGCAGCAGCAGCGGACAAGAUAGGAGGCUACGUCAGAUGCUCAGGUGGCAUUGACAAGAUCAAUGAGCUGCUGAAGGACGAGGCCCUGAAGAGUCAGAAGCUGGCAGUGCAGGGCCUGGAGGACCUGAAGCUCCUCUUGCAGUACUGUGACCUGUUCGGGAUCUCUCACAGGGUUCAGUUUGACCUGUCGUUGGCCCGAGGCUUGGACUACUACACAGGGGUCAUCUACGAGGGAGUCCUCAAAGGUCACACCCACAAGCCCGGAGCACAAGGGGAGGAGAACCCGGGGGUGGGGAGCGUGGCUGGAGGGGGGCGCUAUGACGGCCUCGUGGGCAUGUUUGACCCCAAGGGCAAGAUGGUGCCGUGUGUUGGUGUGAGCAUCGGCAUUGAGAGACUCUUCUCUAUAAUGGAGGCCAAGGCACUGGCCUCGGAGCAGAAGAUCCGGACGACUGAGACCGAGGUGUUUGUGAUAUCAGCACAGAAGAACCUGCUGGAGGAGAGGCUGAAGCUGUGCCAGGAACUGUGGUCUGCCGACAUCAAGACGGAGAGCUCGUACAAGAAGAACCCGAAGGCCUUAGACCAGUUCCAGUACUGUGAGACCAACAACAUCCCUCUAGCCAUCAUCAUCGGGCAGUCAGAGAUCGAGGCUGGCAUCAUCAAACUCAGGGUCGUGGCAACCAGGAAAGAGAGGGAUGUACCACGAGGAAGCAUGGCCGAGGAAAUCCAGAAAGAACUGAAGGAAAUCAACUCCAGUUGAAGGCUAGGCUCACUCUAUCAAUAUAAGAUGUAAAAUUGUUUAGGAUGUAAAGUCUACCACAUCUCGUGAUAAGCUUGUCAUGAAAGCUUUGAUUAUGCAUAUUCUUACAAUCUCUUUGUUAAGGACUGUGAAAGGCAUCGAUAUUGAUUAAUUGAUAUACGAGACAUUUGUUUCUAUGUUUCGUGAUGACGAUGUUCAUCUAUCACAUAUGAAGAGAACCAUGUGAUCGGCUUCACGUUGUGUAUAAAUAUCACGUUCAAUGUGAAAUUUGUGAAAAUGUUGGACUACUAUUUAUUUCAUCUUUGUGUAUGUACCUUAAAAGUCUGACCCGACAACAAAAUUUAACUUGUCUACCGUAUUCACCGUAUUAAGCACCCUGCUCCAAUAGGUGUCCCCAGCCAACUUAUAGACCAUUCUGAAAGUUACCUUCAUAAGCCCUCUAUUUAAAGUCCGAAAAUGUACUUGCCCAUCCAUAUUUUCCUCAGUCCAUUUGGCUCCAAAUGAAAACGAUGAAUUGCAAAGUAACUCAAAAUCUGGAAUAGUCUAUUAAAUGUCCAUACGGUACACGGCCAUGAAUACCCUGUACCCAACAAUAUCUGCUGUUUGUUAAAAAUAUUUCCCAUAACUGGAAAAACUUGUGUGUGUGUGUCGACAUUUUGAACGGUAGGAGGAACGAACGUGCCACACAGUGGUAUUGGGAAUGACAGCAUAAGAGGGGUCAUCUCAAGAUCAUUGUAUUUGCAAUCUGACUCGCUCAUGUCCCAGCCCUCAUUGUCAGAACUGCUUGUGUCACUGCUGAUGGUCAGAACUCUAUGUGGGUCUGUUGCUUCCUUUAAGGUGUUUAGAUGUCGGGGCCUUGCUGUCUUGGUCCUGCAUACUGUGAUAUGGUGCAUUGUCCACGAUAAUAAGGGACUUGGCAGGCAAAGAGGGACCAAUAUAUUUUUCACCCUCUCCAGAAAUACCUUGCCGUUUAUUUCUGUGAGGAAGUCUCUGUUGGCCUUGGCUCAAAAGAUGAGGUCACAGCCAGCAUGGAGAAUGAGAAAGUCUUUCACCUUUUCCCAUUGGUAACUUUCUCCCAGACUCCGUACUAUCCCCAAUGGGUACCCAAUGACUGCUGGCUGUGUGAGAGGUAUUUACCCACGUCUCCAUCUAGGAAAACACUCUUAUAUCCUUCUUCACGUUUUUGCUUGAUUCGAAGAUAAUGAUUUCGGAGACGAAGGAUGUCAGAUCGUUCACAUGACACAGCCCUAUUUUCCCCACUUAUCUUUCUGUAUCUUAUCCAAAUGUAUGCAAAGUUGCCAUAGCUUGUAUUUUGUAAGAAUUAAAUCAUGUUCAGUUUCAAGGUAUUUCUUCACGAGUCUUAGUGACAUGUACUUAUUUUCUGAAUGCAGUUAAACAAUUGCACAUCUGGCUUGAAUUUUCUUCAAACUGUCUAAUUUAUCAACCCUACAUGGUUUUGAUAUGUUCCCCACCUGCUUCACCAGAUUCCUCGAGUCCCGUUGACGGACAACAUUUUCUAGCUUGUUAGGAGAGAUACCAAGAGCUUUAGAAGCUCAUUUCAAGUAUUUAUAAUGGCAUAAAAUGGUUUUCCUCUUUCUGCUGCACAUUGAAAGAAGUCAUUCACCUUAAAAAUCAACUGUUUCACAUCCGCUGAGUAGCGCAUCUUGUCAGUCAACAAUGACGUAUACUAUGUAGCAUGUGCUGUGCAUGUCUGCACUGUUCUUCCUACCAUUGUGCCCCCUCCAUUCAAGAUGUCAACUUGUACACAUAACACCAUGAUAGUUUCUUAAACAACCUUUUUCUAGUGGUGGAAAUAAAAUAACAGCAGAUAUUGUUGGGUACAGGGUAUUCAUUGCGGAGUACCAUAUUGAUAUUAAUAGACUAUUCCCGUUUUUGAGUUAUUCUGCUAUUCAUUGUUCUCACUUAGAGCCAAACGGACUGUUUUUGUAGUGUGUAUUUUCAGAAAUGGAAUAUUACUGUGUAGUAACUAUUAUCAAGAAUGUUUCAUUGAUGUUUGAACGGAGUUGAUGCCUUCCGCUCAAUCUCUGACAACAAAUUUAACUUUGUGUGUAUGGUGUCAAGAAGCACCCUCUUUGUCAAUUCUCUAGGCCCCCAGGGCACUCAUUAUGGCGAGUACGGUAUGAAAAAUUACCUAGUCAUAGCUGGUUACAAUUAAAUCAUGUUUUUUGCUAGACUAACAAAAAUAACAUUGAGAUGAUGCACCUUGAAAGCCAUAUGGUUUUGCAUAAAUGAUCAUGUAAAAUAAACUGACCUAUGAACACAA